UGAAACUUUACUUUGAGAUUCAUUAGCAACUAUGAAAAAUGGCGUCUAGAUCUUUUUCUGAGGAGGAUUUAUCUUGUCCGGUGUGCUGUGACAUUUUUAUAAACCCUGUUCUACUUUCGUGUAGCCACAGUUUUUGUUCAAGCUGUAUUCAGAGGGUUUGGGAAAAUAAUACACUUAAAGAAUGUCCGGUUUGCCGAACAACAUCUUCAAAUGAUCGUACUCCAGUAAAUUUGGCUUUGAGGAACUUGUGUGAGAGUUUUCAACAGGAGAGAAGAGAGAAAUCUGGAUCUGGAGUCUGUAGAGAUCACAACGAGAAGCUCAAACUCUUCUGUCUGGAUGAUCAACAGCCCGUGUGUGUGGUGUGUCGAGACUCCCGAAAACACACCAACCACAGAUUCAGUCCUCUAGAUGAAGCUGUUGCGGAUAAAAAGGAGAUACUCAAAGCUUCACUGGAACGCUUACAGGAGGAACUGAAAAUAUCUGUGAAUCGUGAACAGAAACUGUGUAAAACUGCUGAAGAUAUUAAGUUUCACGCUCAAUGCAAAGAGACUCAGAUUAUAGAUGAGUUGGAGGAACUUCACCAGUUUCUACAUGAUGAAGAAGUGGCCAGAAUAACAGCGUUGAGAGAGGAAGAGGAGAAGAUGAGUCAGAGGAUGAAGGAGAAGAUUGAAGAGACGAGCAAACAUAUUUCAUCUCUCACAAUCACAAUCAGAGACAUCGAGGAGCAGAUGAAGGCUGAAGAUGCUUCAUUCCUGCAGAACUUUAAGGCCACAUUGCAAAGGUUUGUGUUUGUUUCUCUCUGUGUUUCAAAACUCAAAUCAUCACUCUUAGAAGAAAAGGUUCUAUAUGGAAUAUUAAAGGGUUCCGUCAGACGCUUCAUAUAUAGAUCCUUUUAGAGGUUCCCAUCAUAUUAUGGAUUUAGU